AUGGUGAAGAUGGCGGAUGGUGACAGUGGGAGUGAGCGCGGUGGAAGCAGUGGUGGUGGUGGAGGGGGUGGAGGCAGUGGAUUUCACUAUCAGAGAGAUCAAGAGACGCAGGAGCUGGCCUCGAAGCGUCUCGACAUUCAAAAUAAGCGAUUCUAUUUGGAUGUAAAACAAAAUUCGAAAGGUCGGUUCAUCAAGAUCGCUGAGGUUGGAGCCGGUGGCUCGAAAAGUCGGCUGACACUUUCUAUGUCAGUCGCGGCGGAAUUUCGUGACUACCUGGGCGAUUUUAUAGAACACUAUGCCCAACUUGGGCCCAGUAGUCCAGAACAGAUCGCACAGUCUUCAGGGGGCGACGAUAGUGGUCCGAGAAGGGCGCUGAAGAGCGAAUUCCUGGUCAGAGAGAACAGGAAAUACUAUCUCGAUCUAAAGGAGAAUCAGCGGGGGAGGUUUCUCCGAAUUCGACAAACCGUCAACCGUGGGCCAGGGUUCGGUGUUGGAGGAGGAGGAGGAGUACCUGGCGGAGGCAUGCAAUCUGGACAAACAAUCGCUCUUCCUGCUCAGGGUCUAAUUGAAUUUCGUGACGCCUUGGCCAAGUUAAUAGAUGAUUACGGAGGAGAUGAUGACGAGUUGGCUGGUGGUGGGUGCGCUGGGGGCUAUGGGGAGCUUCCUGAGGGCACUUCCAUCAUGGUGGACUCCAAACGAUUCUUUUUUGACGUGGGAUCAAACAAGUAUGGCGUAUUCCUGCGUUUGAGCGAAGUAAAGCCCAGCUACAGAAACUCAAUUACGAUUCCAUUUAAAGCCUGGAGCAAGUUCGGAGGUGCGUUCAGCCGCUACGCCGAGGAGAUGAAAGAGAUCCAAGAAAGGCAGAAGGAUAAAAUGUACGAGAGGAGAGCGGAUGAAUCGGAAGGAGACGACGUUGAUGACGAUUGAUGCGGUCAGCUGUCGAAACGAAGUUUCCAUCGGCGAUCUGAGAUAAAAAUGGAACGACCUCAAUGUGCAUGAUGAACUGAUCACUGUGUGUAGGCUACCACGGUGAGCAAAGUUUUGACUGAGCAAAUUCAAUUAUUUAGAUAAGUAGCUAGAAUGCUAAAUGACUGCAUUGGCUACUUCAGUAGUUAGACCUAGGCUAGGCCUUGAGAAAAAAUGGCUGAAAAAAAACGGAAGUUUGAUAUGUUAAGGUAAAUCUCUAUCCCUAUAACCCAAGUGUUCAUGUGUAGGAAUAACACUGUGGACUCCCGCUGUGAGAAUGUCAAUGUGUUUCUAAUGUGUAUUUAGGCUACCAGAAUGGAGGUAAAAUUGUGUGAGCCAGAAUUUAGCCUUACCUUGUACAAGCCCUCGGCGUUUGCCCAUCCCAGCAUCCCAUUUUUUUUAAAGAGCCACAGAGGAUUGGUGCUUAAAAAGUUGUGACAUUUCUCUUGGGCACAUAAUUACCAUGAUUCAGUAUGGCGAAGGCGGUAGGACUUACGAGGCCUUACAAGGCAUGUCCACUAACUAUCAGUAGGCUACAACUCUUCUGGUCAUCUGAGUUGGAAUAUGCACAUCACUCAACAGAUAUAAUAUAGCCUCCUCAAACAUGGGGUUGUGAAUUGGUGCUUAUUCAUUUGUUUUCCUGUUCCUUUUUUUUUUUUUUUUUACAAAUGUAAAGACUAAUCUAGUUUGAUAUAGCCUAGGUAUUUAAAUUGAAACACCCCCCUUAACGUCAUAAUUGAUACAUAGGAAUGAAUGUAGCUUCUGAAUUCAGUUAUCACUGAAUGUCCUUUGACAAAUGAUUGGAAGGAGAAGAGUAAAAUAAGCACAAUUUUGUUGUGUUUAAUGGAUGGAGGCUAGGUCCAAAAGGAUGGGGGAAAAGGGAAUUGAAUAUAUUUGGACCUGUUUUCCUAGGUGAGGUUCAGCCUAGAUUGUUAAAUAAACAGAGCGCUUAAAAUGAACACAGAUAAAACUGUUAAGCGAAUUAUACUUUAAGGUAACUAACAAAGUUAGAAAAUAGUUAUUUUUAAAAUGCAUAGAAAAAAUAUACAUAGAAUUAUAUUUAUAUAAAUAUAUAUCUAUAUAUAUAUAUAUAUAUAUACAUAUAUGAAAGAUGCAUAUAAAUGCUUCCUGAACAAGCUUAUUGAAACACAUUGAGCUUGGAUGCAAUUAUCCAGGGGAAAUAAUUCUUACUGAGUUUACAUCAAAAUAUUUUAGCUGUGUCCUCACAGCUUACAGUGGUUUCAGCCUGCUUUUUUAAAAAGAAAAAAAAAACAUUCAUCAUCAAAGUGUUUUGGUUUAAAGUUAGCCCUGCUUUUUAAACUUUACGUUUGAGUCUUACUCGGACAGAGUUGGACCGGAACAGAUUCUGCUAUUCCAGCCCAGAAUCUCACCCAGGGUCAAUUGCUGUCUGGGUCAGCUACAGUUUUCAGUUCAGGUGCAAGACAUCAAACACAAGCCCUCUUUAUAUCCUCAUGUUACUCUUGACUAUUUUCAACUCUGCAUGCCUCUUCUGUUCUGGAACUGCCUUGUGUUUCUCAUUUGCAUAUUGCUGUAUGUUGAUAUUUAUCAGUGGGCUUUUAAAGUUUUUUGUUUUGUAAAGAAGAUAAAGGAACCAAACGUUUACCUAUAUAGUUUAACUUUUAAAUUGUGGCGUUUGUUGCACUUGAGGAAAAAAAAAAGAUUAACUGUCCGUUGAGCUUGAUGUGAAACUUUUCUUUACCUUUUUGUUUAAUUUAAUCAGUCAGUCAAUACAGCAAAGAAUUUGUCAUCUAAACCACAUGAGAGCAAUACUAGAGUCUUUUCUAUUAAUAAUAUCUAUUAAUUUUGUCUACAUCUUUAUUUCUGUACUGUGUUAUGUGAAAUGGCAGCUGUUUCAGUUGUGUGCUCUGCUGUAAAAAAAAGAGAAAAAAAUAGACAACAUUUCAAAAAUAAAUAUAAUUCUUUGCUGAAUAAAUGGAUUUUAAACUUA